AUGUCCCUGAAUGCGUCUAAUCUUUUCUCCGUUCACGGCAUCGUCGCCAUCAUUACAGGCGGCGGAACAGGCCUCGGGCGGACCAUUGCCCUUGCCCUAGAUACCAACAACGCCGAGAAAGUUUUUAUCAUCGGGCGUCGUGAGCAACCACUUCAUGAAACAGCCGCUCAAGCGACGAACCAGUCCAUCAUUCCCAUUGUCGCAGACAUCACCUCGCAGGAAUCUCUAGAGAAUGCGUACCACGCCGUAGCGGCUCAGACUUCGCACAUCGACCUUCUAUUUGCCAAUAGCGGCACCGACGGUCCAUCCGCCCAUUUACCGCCCAAACCAGAUGGCUCACCACCAACCCUGGCUGAAUUCCGCGACCAUCACUGGGGUCAUCAAAUGACCGACUUUUCAGAGACCCUGAACGUCAACGUGACCGGCACACACUACACCAUUCUGGCAUUUCUGCCACUGUUAGACGAGGCGAACAAGCGCCGUCCACCACAGGAUUCUAAUGAGCUUGCGUCACCACAUCCGCAAGUCAUUGUGACCAGCUCCGUAUCAGCAAUGAUGAACCGUCCAGCGAGUCUAGCAUACUCAUUCUCGAAGGCCGCUUUACUGCAUCUAGUCGAGGUGUUUGCGGCUCAACUCGCGCCGUACCGGAUCCGUGUCAAUGGUGUUGCCCCAGGUCUAUUCUAUAGUGACCUCUCGAAACAUCUAUUUGAUAAAAGUGGCGUGUCAGGACGUGGGAUCUCCGAGGGGUCCUUUACGACUGAGCUUAACCCUCUCACCCGAGCGGGCAGCGAUGAGGAUAUUGCCGGUACGAUACUGUGGAUGGCGAGUCGGUCAGGGGGAUACCUGAAUGGGGACACAAUCGUGCUCGACGGUGGCCGAACAGCGGUUGUCAGAUAG